AUGGACGGACUUGCACGUAUCAUCCAGCGGCCUGAAUUCCGGGUUGAUGAACUUCGAGGGUACAAUGCACAAACCGCUAAUGAGAAGAUCACCAAAGCAGAUGAAAACUGGGAGCGCAAUCGAUUCAAGGACUCGUUUACAGAGACUUCUGUAGAAAUUGAAGUCCCAUCUGGUGACGCACAGAUUCCCCCCAAAAAGUUCACGAUUCCGCAGCUGUUAUACCGCGACCCCCUUUCAGUAAUCCGCGCAGCAUUUGCAGAUCGGCUUGCGAGUCAGUUUCAUUUCACGCCCUUCAAACUUUUUCAGCAAGUUGAAGAUGAGGAGGGGAACAGCUUCUCGCAGCGUGUUCAGACCGACCUCUACAAUUCCGACGUGUUUAUUGAGGAACACAAGAAUCUUCGGCGUGCACCCACUGACGACAAGGACUGUAAACGAGAAAAGGUUGUUGCUGCACUGAUGUGUUGGUCCGACGCUACCCAGCUUGCCAAUUUCGGAACUGCAAAGCUGUGGCCAAUUUACAUGCUGUUUGGUAAUCUCUCGAAAUACAUCCGUGCUUCACCUAACUCAGGUGCUGUUCACCAUCUGGCUUACAUACCUACAAUUCCGGAUUCCGUUAAACACGAAAUAUCAAAGUUCAAUGUCAAUUGGAAAACACAGGCAGGUGAACUUAUUACCCACUGUAACCGGGAGCUAUACAACGCUAUUUGGAGGUUUCUCCUGAAUAAUGAAUUUCUCCAUGCAUACAAAUAUGGAAUCGUUAUCAAAUGCUUCGAUGGAAUUGAGCGCCGCGUCUAUCCUAGAUUUUUUACUUACUCCGCAGAUUAUCCAGAGAAGGUGUUACUUGCAACCAUUCGAGAACUUGGUACUUGUUUAUGUCCUCGCUGUUUGUGCACCAAAUCUGCCGCUGACAUGAUGGGCUCUCGCUGGGACAUGAAAAUUCGCCAAAAAUUACGAGUCUUUCUCCAUGAUAAAGUAGCAUUGGCACGAAAAUGGAUCUAUCAUGAAGGAGUCAAAAUUCGAGGAAGUGCUGUGGAACGUAUCUUGAAAGCUACUUCAUCAGUCCCGACAUCGAAUGCUUUUGUUGAUCGUCUGGGGCAGAAUUUCAAUCUUGCGCGUAUGCUAGUUGUUGAUUUAAUGCAUGAAUUCGAGCUCGGAGUCUGGAAGGCAUUAUUUGGCCAUCUCACCCGAGUCGUCUAUGCUGUAGGCCAACAAUACGUUGAUGAACUGGACAAUAGAUUUCGUCAGAUGCCUACUUUUGGUUUCGACACCAUCCGUGCAUUUGCGAACAAUGCUUCGGAAAUGAAGAAACUAGCUGCACGCGACUUUGAGGAUCUUCUCCAGUGUGCAAUUCCAGUAUUCGAAGGACUUCUUCCAGAGCCAUUCAACACCAAGCUCAUGACCUUGCUCUAUCGAGCAGCCGAAUGGCAUGCUCUAGCGAAGCUCAGAAUGCACACGGAAAAAACUCUGGACUACAUGGAAUCUCUCACCCACGACUUUGGGAAACGCAUGCGCCAUUUCCGGGACCUUACCAAUAAAUCAUUCAAUACGUAUGAGACCGAUCGUGAGUUGACUGCACGCCUUCAGCGCCAACAAAAGAAAGCUGCUAGCACAUCUGGGACCAGUCAUCCACAACCCAAUCAGGGUCGCCGUCGUAAGUUUCUGAACUUAUUAACAUAUAAAUGGCAUGCAUUGGCAGACUAUGUACCAACAAUCCGUUGGUUUGGUCCAGCAGAUAGUUUCUCGACACAAAUAGGAGAGUUGGCUCAUCGAGUAGUGAAAAAGCUCUAUGGUCUGGGGAACAAGAAGAAGGAUCCCAGGCAAAUUGGCCGUAGGUUACGCCGUUUGGAAUGGGCAAAACGGGCCUUUGACCGUCGUGGUAUUCAUACCAAACGGCGACGUCAGCAGGGACUACUCAACCCAGGAAAUGCUGCUGAAUUGCUGGCUGUGCAUCACCACAUCGGAAAAUCAGACAGGAACAAGCACAAUAUUGGAUCCUUUUCGAAGCUGUACCAAGAUGAUCCUGCUGCAAAGAAUUUCUACCCCAAACUUCAAGAUCAUCUUCUUGGGCGAUUAAUGGAGCGCAAAUUUGAUGGUGAUACUCAUGAAUCAUUUACAGAUACAGACCGGAAUCAUAUUCGUCUGAAAGGAGGUUCUUUUACCUCACUGAAAACAUGUCGAAUCAAUUACACAACAUACGAUGUCCGACGAGACCAGGACACUGUAAAUCCAAGCAAUCAUGCUGACGUAAUGAUGCUUUCUGGUGAAGAUACACCCAACGCUCAUCCGUAUUGGUAUGCGCGCAUCCUCGGAAUAUAUCGUACCACUGUUAUCUCCACUCAUCCCAAAGCAAGUACAGCUCAAUCAGGACCAGUAGCUUUCGAAUUUCUUUGGGUACGCUGGCUGGGUCUUGCCCCAGGUCAUCGAUCAGGCUCUCAUGUUGCACGAUUACCCAAGGUUGGGUUUGUCCCAGAGAGUGACCCCUUCGCAUUUGGCUUCCUGGACCCUGCUCAUAUAAUUCGAGGAUGUCACCUGAUGCCUGCUUUCAGUGAUGGUCGGACACAAGAGCUUCUCGAAUCUUCUCAACCUACAGUAGCUCGGAAGGCAGGAGAGAAAGAUGAUUGGGCAUAUUUUUAUGUUGGAAUAUUUGUGGACCGGGACAUGUUCAUGCGGUAUUUUCCUGGAGGUGGCGUUGGACAUGUGGCCAACCGGAGAUUCUUCCAGCAAAGUGAUAGCGAGGACAGCAAUGGCAGUGAUAGUAGUGGGGAGGAUGAAUCUAACAACUCGGAGGAACACAGCUUGGAUAGUAAUCAUUCAGAUGACAGCUUUGGAUCAGAUGGAGAUGGAGAGGAUGAGGAUGAAAAUGACGAUGAUGACAGUGGCGAUGGCGGGGAUGACUGGCAGUGGGAUGAUGGGUACGGCUCCCCAUAACUUAGCUCACUUGUAGGGUGUUACGUUCAUUGCAUAAGAUUACACCUAUGCUAUCAUAUAACUUAGAUACUUCCUAAUACUUGUCAGUGAAGCUACAAUUUGAUGUAAGAGUUCU